UUUUACUCUGACUUGAACAUUAAAAAACGAGCUUUUCUGCUCAUGCAGUGCAUUCAGCUCGUCAACAUUUUUUAAUCAGGACUGUUAGUACUGCUGACUAAGUUCUCGCGCGUCUGUUCCUCCGGACUCUUUCAUCUUCUGAUGGAAUAAAAAUUCUGCUUCCGGUCAAACGCUGAACCCGAACACGUGACCGUUCAUGUACCUUCAUGCUUUCUGCCGUUUGAUUCAUGUCACAUAACAAAUGAACUCGUUUUAAUUAUUAAGUUUCGGCCCGUCUGUUGCGGUCGUCGCGUGGAGACGGCAGCAGUAACUGUUGCCAUGGGAACGACGAGGGUUCGGAGCACAAGCAGCACGCGCCGACAGAUCCGAACAUUCUAGAACUCCGGAUGUCUACAUUUCCUGCAAAGCCCGGGCUGCGCCACGGCGUGUCUGACUGGCGCGGCAACAACCAGCAGCUGUCCGCCACAGCUCAACAUGAGCGACACGUUUCCAGCGCGAUCAGACAGGAGGGCCGGUCGUUACGCAACGAGACCAACUGUCAGACCUCCUGGGAUGAGAGCGACACCUCACGCCGACUCGGUGACCGGGUCUGGGAUGUUGCUCGGUGGAAGGAUGUGUUGGAAACCUGCGCUCUGAAGGUGGAUGAGGAGAUGGAGGCUCUGACACUGACCAAGGACAAGACUGAGCAGGCCUUGGCCGCCACCGCCGUCCCUCUGGAGGUCAGCACCGAGUGCCUGACGCUGAGGGAGGGGCGGCGCGGACACGAGCUGGUCAUGGACCCUGUGGAGGAGCAGCUGAAGAAGGAAGUGGAGCUGAUUGAAAGAGUGCAGCAGAGUCUGCAGCAGCACAUCGACCAGGCCUUUGAGCAGCUGUGUGUUUUGCAGGAGACUCGACACCAGCUCACCAAUGACCUCCAGAACAAGAUGGACGCUCUGGAUAUUGACAUGUCCUGCCUGUCACUCACCACAAAGUCGCCACAGAUCUCCCUGAAGACCAACCCAACCCGCAUACCGCCGGGUUCCUCCACCUCCCAGGAGUGGGUCCAGUUCAGCCAGUUUAAUGUGAACCGUGCACAGGAGGCCAUGCAGGCGUCCCAGCAAAUACGGGAGAACAUGAACCUCAGCAGAGCCCAGCUGCAGAACGAGUUGGAGACUCAGCGCAGGGCCACAGAGUUUGCUCUCCGGAAACGAAACCACAACGAAGAGCAGUCCCGAGACGAGCUGCAGUGGCAGAUCAGAAAUACUGAAGAAGAAAUGGCUGAAAUGGAGGGCGACAUCCAGGGGCUGGAUGCAGAUCUACAAGCAAAGACUGCCUCCCUGAAGCUGGCCCACACCAGGCUGGAGACCAGGACCCGCAGACUCGGCAUGGACCUGUGCAGGGACGAGGUUCAGCAUGGCCUUGUUGCUGAAGUCCAGCAGCUGGAGGCUACGAUCCAGGUUCUGAAGCAGAAGCUCUCUGAGGCCCAAAACUCUCUGCAGAGGAUGAAGCUCCAUCACAGCCACAUGCUGCAGGAUCUUUCCAGAAAGCAAGAAGCUCUGUCUCUGGAACAGCGCAGCAUGAGCACUCGGACCCGCCUCACAUCAACCUCCACCACCGAUAGAACCGCAGUCCCACUCGUCCCACUGGCUAACUCCAGUGGGAGGAGCAACCUGCAGCUGUUAGCUCAGUGAGGAAUCGGAUAAUAUUUACUCAUCCUCACCUUUCAUCCUUUCCUAUGUUGUGUUAAAUUUCUUUCCUUAUCAGUUCAGUUUUACAAACCUUUCUGCAAAUCAUCCCAAAAUGUCUUUUAAACACGUCUUUGAACCAGUGUUUAGUCAUCAGGAUGCGGCAUGUUUGCCAUCUGUACAUGUUUAUCCAAAAUUCAGCAGUGAAAGCUCUCACGCUUCAGUCUUAUCAAACAUUUGCUUUAAUGGCUUUGUUUGGCUUUGUCAUACUGUUUGAUCAGCGGAUGCCGCUUGGAGCAGAAAGGCAGCAAUAAUGACUUGAACUUUGACUCUGGUUCUGAUAAAUAAUACAGUAAACUGGUUCCUUACGACAAUAAAAGCCAUAAAUCUC